GAAAAUGUGUAUAUUCGCCGCACCAAAACGUGUAUAUCAACCCGCCAGCACACAACCUUCUCCAACACUCGCUCUGCACCCAAGUCGCUCUGCAUCUCGAUCAAUGUCAGGUUACUCAAGCCCAUUUAUCACAAGCGACAUCAGCGAAUUCAGCAAUCCCCGAGCACGCCGCUACCGUCUACACGACAUGUCCCCUCCACAGCGCAUGUUCCUCGCAAGCCGAGAAUCAUGAAACAAUCCUCGCACUCCAAUAACAUCGCAUCAACACGCUCCCCUCACUCCAUCGAGUCGAACUCGCCUUCGCCGCCCUGAACACAGUCGACGUGGCCGGGCCCAUGACCGCAGCCUGGACGUACUACGUCUCAACGCAUGGUCUCCUGACCGAGCUGCGCGCCCUGACGCAGAGCUACCUAUUUAGCUCGCAUUGUGUCGAGGGGGCGAGGAGGAGGGUUUAUGUGGAUAUGGAGAGUAAUCGGAGCUGGAAUUUGAUCUGGUUGGUUUUGAGGAAGAUCAAGGAUGAUCGGCUUAUUGCGUAUUGAGCGCAGUAUCGGGCUGCUCAGCCUGCGAGUUGGGAUGAUAGGACACCGAGCGAAGAACAGGUUCAUCAGUUGAGUGAUAGUACGGAGAAGGAAUGGAGAGGUGCUGUAAGGCAGUUGUUGAUGUAUUGGAAGAGCCGCCUACGCAGUAGGGUGAGGAGUGAGCAGAUUUCGUAGAAGACGUGAG